AUGAGGAGGGGUAAUCAGAGCAGCGCAUCUGAAUUCAUCCUCUUGGGGCUCCCUAUCAGGAAGGAGGAGCAAGGCAUGUACUAUGCCCUGUUGCUGGUUCUGUACCUGACCACAGUGCUGGGGAACCUGCUCAUCAUCCUGCUCAUCAGGCUGGACUCCCGCCUCCACACCCCCAUGUACUUCUUCCUAAGCCACCUGGCUCUCACUGAUGUCUCUUUCUCAUCCGUCACAGCUCCAAAGAUGCUCAUGAACAUGCUGACACAGAGUCAAUUCAUCUCUUAUGCUGGGUGCAUUUCUCAGGUAUAUUUUUUCUUAUUUUUUGCAGAUCUUGACAGUUUUCUUCUCACUUCAAUGGCCUAUGACAGAUACGUGGCCAUAUGUCAUCACCUGCACUACACCAGAAUCAUGAGUCAAGGACUUUGUUUCCUGCUAGUAAUUGUAUCCUGGGUCUUGUCCUGUGCUGGUUCCCUUGUACACACUCUCCUCCUAGCCCGUAUUAUGAUGAAUGAUAAUCAGAGCAGUGUGUCUGAAUUCAUCCUCUUGGGGCUCCCUAUCAGGAAGGAGGAGCAAGGCAUGUACUAUGCCCUGUUCCUGGUCCUGUACCUGACCACAGUGCUGGGGAACCUGCUCAUCAUCCUGCUCAUCAGGCUGGACUCCCGCCUCCACACCCCCAUGUACUUCUUCCUCAGCCACUUGGCUCUCAAUGACAUCUCUUUCUCAUCAACCACAGCUCCAAAGAUGCUCAUGAAUAUGCUCACUCAAAGUCAAUCCAUCUCAUAUACUGGGUGCAUUUUCCAGGUAUAUUUUUUUGUAUUAUUUGCAAGUCUUGACAGCUUUCUUCUCACCUCCAUGGCCUAUGACAGGUAUGUGGCCAUCUGUCAUCCCCUCCACUACAACAAUAUCAUGAGUCAUAUCCUCUGUUCCUUGCUAGUGAUUGCAUCCUGGUUCCUGUCCUUUGCUGCUGCCCUUGUGCACACGCUCCUCCUAGCCCAUCUGUCUUUCUAUGGAGACAACACUCUCCAUCACUUUUUCUGUGACCUGUCUGCCUUACUUAAGCUGUCCAGCUCAGACACAGCCAUCAAUGAGCUGGUUAUUUUUAUUGUAGGAACAAUGGGUAUUACCUUGCCAUUCUUGUGCAUUCUGGUGUCUUAUGGCCACAUUGGGGCCACCAUCCUGAGAGCUCCCUCCAUGAAGAGAAUCUACAAAGCCUUAUCCACAUGUGGUUCUCAUCUCUCUGUGGUUACUCUCUACUAUGGAGCAAUUAUUGGUCUCUAUUUUGUCCCCUCAUCCAGUAACACUAAUGACAAAGAUGUCAUUGUAGCUGCUUUGUACAGUCUGGUCACACCAGUGCUGAACCCCUUCAUCUACAGUCUGAGGAAUCGGGGUAUGAAAGGUGCUCUGGGAAAUCUGAUUAGUAGAGGAAAUUUUUCAUUGUAA